CUCGAUCGUGUAAAGUCUGGUCUGGUCUUAAUCGAGUCUGUUCUAGUGUUUUUCCAUGGAUUUGAAUGGCAAAGCUUACACCAAAGGUGGGAAAGACGAUGUCGUUUUGGUAAUUUCAGAAGAAGAAGCUUCAAAGGCUAAGAAUCAGAUCAGGGAUUGCAGAGAUUCAUUAAAAGAUGCAGGAUCUUGCUCCUUUUCAAAGGAAUCGGCAUCUGCUGGCCGAAUCCUUGCGUCUCCGCUGUCUAAAGAUCCGAAGGAUUCUGUUUCUGGAUUCUCAGAUCUUGACCAUCUGAAAUCGAAAGUCUCCGUUUCUGUUUCAACGUUAGUUGGCAGCAGCCCUUCCCCUGAAACUAUGAAAUUCAGUCCGAGUCCAAACAAGCCUCCAAAGCACCCCCAAACUGAAACCCUAACCUACCGUUCACUCUCAAGAUCGAUGGUCUCAAAGCCUAAGUCGAGAUUUGCUGAAUCGCCCUAUCCAUCCGCUUUGAAACAGGUGGAAGAACAUCUCCCAACGAAAGGCUUGAGUUCACCUUACCGGAGUUCGCCAAACCGAGCUCCUCCUAUCACUCCCAAGGAAAAUCCCAAGAGCACCACGGUGACGCCACGGUCUCUUGCGGUGGAGGAAGAAGAGGAAGAGAUUUAUAAAAGUUGUGAUGUCCCUGCACGUGAGAAAUGGCGCAGGAAAUUGAAGUUUAGGGUCCUGUUCGAGUGGGUCUCACUGCUCUGUGCGAUCGCAUUGCUGAUCAUGAGCCUGACCGUUAACGAAUUGCAGAACUUCAUGAUCUGGGGUCUGGAAAUCUGGAAAUGGUGCCUGAUGGUGAUAGUGAUCUUCUGCGGCCGCUUGGUUUCCGGUUGGUUUAUAUAUGUCCUUGUUUUCUUGAUCGAACUGAAUUUCAUACUCAAGAAGAAGGUUCUGUAUUUUGUUCAUGGUUUGAAGAGAAGUGUUCAGGUCUGUAUUUGGUCGGCUUUGGUUCUCCUCAGUUGGUCUCUGCUGUUCGAUCGCGGGGUUGAGCGAUCGAAGACAACCAGCAAGGUCUUGAAUUAUGUGUCGAGGACUCUUGGUACGGUUCUGAUUGGAGCUGUUAUAUGGUUGGUGAAGACUCUGUUGGUCAAGAUCUUAGCUUCUUCAUUCCACGUCAAUACAUUCUUUGAUCGGAUUCAAGAAUCGAUUUAUCAUCAGUAUCUUCUUCAGACCCUCUCGGGGCCUCCAUCGAUGGAGUUGGCUGAGCAGGUUGGGAGGACCAAGAGUGCCCAGUUGAGUUUUAGGAGUGUGGAGAAAGGGAAGGGAGGGGAGGAACAAAAGGUGAUUGAUGUGGGGAAGCUUCAUAAGAUGAAGCAAGAGAAGGUCUCGGCAUGGACCAUGAAACGGCUGGUUAACACAAUAACGAGCUCUGGAUUGUCCACGAUUUCAUAUACGAUUGAUGAGAGCAUCGAUGAAGAUGGGGUUGAGCAGAAAGAUCAGGAGAUUACUAGCGAAUGGGAAGCGAAGGCUGCUGCUUAUGAAAUUUUCAAAAAUGUUGCCAAGCCCAAUUGCAAGUAUAUUGAUGUGGAGGACCUUAUGAGGUUCUUGAGUAAGGAGGAGGUGGCAAGUGUGCUUCCGCAAUUCGAAGGCGCUGCAGAAACUGGAAAGAUCAAGAAGUCGGCUUUGAGGAACUGGGUGGUUAAGGUCUACCUUGAACGCAAAUCGCUAGCACAUUCCCUGAAUGACACCAAAACAGCGGUGAGACAGUUGAACAAGCUAGUAACAGGGGUUGUGAUUGUCUUAAUUACAAUCAUAUGGCUGCUUUUGAUGGAGUUCGCAUCAACCAAAGUGCUCGUGUUCAUCUCAUCUCAGAUACUGGUGGUGGUUUUCAUGUUUGGAAACACCUGCAAAACCAUAUUUGAAGGCAUCAUAUUCGUAUUCGUAAUGCACCCAUUUGAUGUUGGUGACCGUUGUGUUAUCGAUGGAGUGCAGAUGGUUGUCGAAGAGAUGAAUAUUUUGACGACAAUUUUCUUGAGGUUUGACAAUGAGAAAAUAUACUAUCCAAAUGCGGUUUUGGCAACCAGACCCAUCAGCAACUUCUACCGAAGUCCAAACAUGGGUGAUUCUGUGGAGUUUGCAGUUGAUGUUUCAACUUCGAUGGAUAGUAUUGGAGCUCUCAAAGAAAGGAUAAAAAUGUACUUAGAGAGCAAACCUCAGCACUGGCAACCUAACCACAACUUGGUGGUAAAGGAGAUCGAGAAUGUGAAUAAGAUGAAGAUGAAGCUAUUGAUCAACCACACCAUGAACUUUCAGAACAUGGGUGAAAGGAAUAGCCGUAGAUCUGAUCUCAUCUUCGAGUUGAAGAAAAUAUUUGAAGAACUCUCGAUUAAAUAUCACCUUCUGCCUCAAGAAGUUCACCUCCGCUACAUUGGCUCUGCAAUGCCACCAACAUUGAACUUUGGACAGUGAUGAUCUCUCUGUGGUGCUAGAAACUCAGCUAACUCUGUUUUGGGGUGAUGGAUUUGGAUAUUAUUUGCAGUGGUGGGCCAGAGCUUUUGAAUGCUCCGAUGAGAGAAAGCAGGAGUGACAUGGGUAUCUCUUGCCUAUGAAGUGAUUUCAGACAUCUCUUCGCACAUCCAUGAUUAAUUCAGAAGCAUCAAUAUUUUUAUUGUUUUGUUCUAUGCUGGCCACCUUAAAAGCCAGGCUUGCCUGUUUUCGAGUUUUUGACAUUGAAAUUUUGGUGCCACCCACAUCAGAAUGUUGUAAGUUGUAACUCAUCUUCUUGUAUUGGGUUUUUGUUGUUAUCACACACACAAACAGGGUAGGGUUCGGGUUUCUAUACUAGGAUAUGUGCUAACUGCCAUGUAUAGUGUUGAAACUUGUAUAUGUUCUUUAACGUCUAAACCCUUAUGCCAUCUUAUUCACUCUUCUUGACC